GGGAGCCCCAAAACAACAACUUAAUGUCCAAAUGAAAUAAGUGAAAAUUUCACACCGAAAUUAAUAAAGACAUUAGUGCGUGUGGGCGUGGCUCAUUUGGGGCAUUUAACGGAGGCCAAGAUGUGUGCGCAGGAUCCCUUUACCCAGCACCAGCUGCCACACUACCAUAAAACCGAGCACCACCAAUGCCUCCAACAGCUGCGGAUGAAUAUGGAGCAACAGGACGGAGCUCCAGGAGUGAGAAAAUCGGCCACAGGAAGGACGGCGGCCACGAGUUUGCAGAUCUGGUACAUCCUACAUGUGAUACUAGUCCUAAUCGACAUUAGCAGCUCGCUGACAAUGACCGAGGUGAAGAUACCCAAUCACAUAAUGCGCCUGAAGAGCGCCACUCUGGGCUGCCGUUACGCCCUCGACGGGGAGUCCUUGUACUCGGUGAAGUGGUAUAAGGACGGUCACGAGAUCUACCGCUACGUGCCACGCGAUAAGCCCCCCGGACAGUCCUUCCCCCUGCCCGGAGUCAACAUCGAUCUGCGUAACUCCUCGGACACCCAGAUUCUCCUGCGCCGCGUCACCCUGCAGAGUUCCGGACUUUAUCGGUGCGAGGUGUCCGGCGAGGCGCCCGCAUUCAACACCGUAUCCGAGUCGGAGACCAUGACCGUUGUGGUGACUCCCAACCACGGACCAAAAAUAACUGGUGGCCAGCCGCGCUACCAAAUUGGAGACAUCGUCCGGGUUAACUGCACCUCGUCGCCGUCCAAGCCCGUCUGUCACCUUAGCUGGCUUAUUAAUGGGGAGCCGGUGCAGAAGGCGCACCUUAGGCAGUACGACAAGGUGGUGGUGAAUCGAGAUGGGUUGGAGAUGGCGCGCUUGGGUCUGGAGUUCCGGGUGCGGACUUUCCACUUCAAGAACGGCGACAUGAAGCUGAAGUGCGUGGCCAAGAUCAGCUCACUGUAUCUGCAGAGCAACGAGGAGAGUGUGGAAAGCGAUCGCCAGCAUCGGGCUCCGGCAUUGGAAUCUCGGGAGACGGUAGCUGCCAAGUCCAGCACGAUUGCUGCCGCCGGUUCAAAACUGACAUCAAGUCUGAUUUUAUUUCUGCCCCCUGUUAUCCUGCUGCUGUUGUUUCAAAAUUGGAACUGGCCCAGAAAUAGUUAACUCUUUCAACAUUAAGGAUCGCUAAAAC